GAGCCGCGCAUUGUCGUGUGUGAUCCCAUACCACAUUUAUUAGCUGCCUUCCUCCCCCCUCCCGUCCCGCUCCGUCCUCUUUUGUCCGUCACCAUCCUUUGCCUGGUCGGACCUGAUCACACUCUUACAUCAUGUCAUCAGAAGAGAAAGGCGGCAUGGGCCUCAACACGCCCGACAAGGAGGCUCCUCCAGCCUUCAGCAACGGCUCAGAGGGCCAGGCGCGCGAUCACGAAGACUUCUUGACGAGGAACGGCCUCAAUCUCCGGUCAUUCCAGAAGCGCGACUAUGGCGGAGGUGUUGUCGAUUCGCUCGACCGCUCUCUGAGGACGCGCCACAUGCACAUGAUUUCGAUCGGCGGUUCCAUCGGCGCCGGUUUCUUCGUCGGCUCCGGCAAGGCUCUCAGCAAUGGGGGCCCCGCUUCUCUGCUCAUCGACUUCCUCAUCAUCGGCGUCAUGAUGUUCAACACGGUUUACGCGCUCGGCGAGCUCGCUGUCAUGUACCCCGUCUCUGGUGGCUUCUAUACCUUCUCGACCCGCUUCAUUGACCCGUCCUGGGGCUUCGCCAUGGGCUGGAACUAUGUUAUGCAAUGGGCUGCUGUCCUUCCACUUGAAUUGACCGUCUGUGCCAUGACCAUCGGGUACUGGAACUCCGAAAUCAGCGUCGCCGUAUGGAUCUCCGUCUUCUUCGGCCUCAUCCUCAUCAUCAACAUCUUUGGCACCCUCGGCUACGCCGAAGAGGAGUUCUGGUCGUCGGUGCUCAAGCUCUGUGCCAUUAUCGUCUUCAUGAUCACCGCCUUCGUCCUCGUCCUCGGCGGUGGCCCCUCCGGUAGCCGCUACGACCAUUACUAUGGCGCCCGCCUCUGGUAUGAGCCCGGUGCUUUUGCCAACGGCUUCCGUGGUUUCUGCAGCGUUUUUGUCACUGCAGCUUUUUCCUUUUCUGGGACUGAGCUUGUCGGCUUGGCUGCUGCCGAAGCAAGGAAUCCGCUCAAGAGUCUUCCCGGUGCCAUCAAGCAGGUCUUCUGGCGUAUCACCCUCUUCUACAUCCUCGGCCUGUUCUUCGUUGGACUCUUAAUUCCGCACGAUGAUGAGAAUUUGCUGGGCGCCAACCCCUACGCUGACGUCAACGCCUCACCCUUCGUCCUCGUGGGCAAGUACGCCAACCUCAAGGGCUAUGACUCGUUCAUGAACGUCAUCAUCCUCGUCUCGGUGCUCUCCAUCGGCGUCUCGUCCGUCUACGGUGGCUCGCGCACCCUCACGGCCCUCGCCCAGCAGGGCUACGCCCCCAAGAUCUUUACCUACAUUGACCGGUCCGGCCGUCCGCUGGCGUCAGUCGCCUUCCUCUGCGCCUUUGGCCCUCUCGCCUACGUCAACCUCCACGCCGAGGGCCCGACCGUAUUUGACUGGCUGCUUGCCCUCUCCGGUCUGGCCGCCCUCUUCACUUGGGGCUCCAUCUGCCUAGCCCACAUCCGUUUCCGUAAGGCCUGGCUCGCCCAGGGCCAUACCCUCGACGAGAUUCCCUUCAAGGCCGUCGGCGGCGUCUACGGCUCGUACCUUGGUCUAGGGCUCAACGUUCUGUGUCUCAUCGCUCAGCUCUACGUCGCCAUCUGCCCUGUCGACGGCGGCUACAACGACGCCGAGGGCUUCUUCAAGUCGUACCUCGCCAUGCCCGUCGUUAUCGUCUUUUGGAUCGGUGGCUUCCUGUGGAAGCGCACCGGCUGGCUCCGCACCGACCAGAUUGAUGUCGACACGGGCCGUCGCGAGCUGGAUUGGGACGCCAUCAACGAGUACCGCGCCAAGCUGGCGGCCAUGCCUGCGUGGCGCCGGGUGUUGUGGACACUUUUUGUGUAAAAUGAAAAAGAAAAAAUGUCAUAUAAGAGGAUAUUAUGUGUAUGUAAUGGGAGGGUUGGGCUAGGGGUGCAUCUGAUCUAAAGCGCUUUGUGUUGCGCUCCGUGGUCGCAUGCAUGACUAUAUGAUUUGAUGAAUGUCAACCUGUUGAGUCUUCGAAGUACUGUGCGUGGCGAUCGUAAGGCAGAUUUUUGU